AAUGCAGAUAGACAAUUACCAAGCUCUGACUUGCUUGGGAGGUUUUUCUGGUUCACACACUUUAUUCUUCUCCUUUUCUUUUCCCUUGACAUACUUCUUUUAAUGUAUGAAAGUAAUCGAUCACGUAAAAAGAUAUAUAAUUGUGAUAAUGCGGCUGCGGCUAGUCUUUGCUAUAGGAGGGCAGAGUUCUUGAGUUUUUGGAACUCACGAACCGUGAAUGGCUGUGAUUGCACUGUAAAUAGGUGCAAUCAUACUGGUCUGCUGGUCUUCUGGCCGGAAUUCCUUAAAGCAUGUUCUUCAACUUCAUCGCUAUCAUACCAAAGACAAUUAUCAACAUUUGACUAUUUAAACAUUUCUGAAACUUUUUCUAAACUCACAAAGAAGUGGAAGUUAAAAACUGGCAGAAUGGUAGAAGAUGUUAUGUACAAAGCUUCAAAAGAAUUCAUUGUGAAGCAUCCUGCCCAUUCGUUUAUAUUAAAUACAGAGGACUCAGUUUGGGAAGAAACUUUCUCACAAUCUGAGCUUGAUGAAAUCGCGGCUGCAGCCAACUCUUUUGACUUUAACAAGCCGUUUCCUCCUGACUUGCAAGGCAUAAAACUCAAGUUAAAUAAAAAGGGACAUCUAUGAUACAAUUGCCACUACUGAAGCUCACCCUAUAGAUAAUCCAGAAAAAUUCUGGUUAAAACAAAGCAUCUUAAACUAUGCAAUGCUGUUUAUAGAUAAUGAAGUUUUGUUACCAUCAGAAACAGAGCAAGAUUUACUUGACAAUGUAUAUGGUUUCAUCAAAACUAGUUGUAGACUUAGUGAAACUAAGGCAUAUGGAUAAGGAUAUUGUACUUUUUUUUUUAAGAAAUACCCAUUUUGUA